CUGCAGGCAGGCAGGCAGGCAGGCAGGCAGGCAGGGCGUGGGGCUGCCAGCUCGAUUGCUCAUGACUAGUGUCAUAUGAUACGUCAAAGAUGGCUGAAGGGGAGAGUUGCACCGCAUCUGCCGCGGAAAUAAAAGAAGACUUUGAGAUUAUUGACAAAAACCAGAUUCCUAAUACGACUGAGUUGAAAAACGAGGAAAAAGAGAAAACGGAAGAAGCGAGGUGGUCUGCUCCUAUCUUGUCGCUGGCCAAGAAAGCCUCUGAAAACUUAGCGCUGAGCUAUGGCAACGCUGUGAAGUCUGCAUCUUUGGUAGGAUUCAUAUCCAAACCAGUCAGCAAUGACAGCACAGCAAAAACAAGUGCGCGAUACCACGCCAUGGAGGAGCGUGCCAACCUCAUGAACAUGAUGAAGCUCAGUAUCAAAAUCCUGAUCCAGUCGGCCCUGAGCCUGGGCCGGACCCUGGACUCCGACUUCCCUCCCCUGCAGCAGUUCUUCGUGGUGCUGGAGCACUGCCUCAAGCACGGGCUGAAAGUGAAGAAGACUUUCAUUGGACAGAACAAAUCGUUUUUUGGUCCUUUGGAGCUAGUGGAAAAACUUUGUCCUGAAGCAUCGGAUAUAGCAACUAGUGUUAAAAAUCUGCCGGAGUUGAAGACUGCUGUGGGAAGAGGAAGGGCUUGGCUUUAUCUAGCACUCAUGCAAAAGAAACUGGCAGAUUAUCUCAAAGUACUCUUGGACCACAAGCAUCUAUUAAGUGAAUUUUAUGAACCUGAUGCACUGAUGAUGGAGGAGGAAGGAGCAGUCAUUGUCGGUCUGCUAGUUGGACUGAAUGUUAUUGAUGCAAACCUUUGCUUGAAAGGAGAAGACUUGGACUCCCAGGUUGGAGUGAUUGAUUUUUCCUUGUACCUUAAGGAAACACAGGAUAGUGAUGGCAAACAAGAUGGAGGGAUUACAGCUGUCCUUGACCAGAAGCAUUAUGUGGAAGAACUUAACCGACAUCUAAGUUGCACGGUUGCAGAUCUUCAGAACAAAAUCGACUGUUUAGAAAAGACCAAUUCAAAACUCCAGGAAGAGCUUGCAGCAGCAACUGACCGAAUUGGAUCACUUCAGGAAGAGCAGCAGCAGUUAAAACAACAAAAUGAAUUAAUUCGUGAACGGAGUGAAAAAAGUGUAGAGGUGACAAAAGAGGAUACAAAAGUAGAAUUGGAUACAUACAAGCAGUCACGCCAGGGUCUUGAUGAAAUGUACAGUGAUGUUUGGAAGCAGUUGAAAGAAGAAAAAAAAAUUAGGCUGGAACUAGAGAAAGAGUUGGAGCUACAAAUUGGAAUGAAAACAGAAAUGGAAAUUGCCAUGAAACUUCUGGAAAAAGAUACUCAUGAAAAACAAGACACUUUAGUUGCACUUCGCCAACAGUUAGAAGAAGUGAAGGCUAUUAACUUGCAGAUGUUUCACAAAUCUCAGAAUGCAGAGUAUUCAUUACAACAGAAAACAGAAGCAAUAUCCUCUUUUGAAGGAAAAACAAAUGAGAUGAUGUCCUCUAUGAAACAAAUGGAAGAGAGAUUGCAGCAUGCAGAAAAGGCAAGGCAGGCUGCGGAAGAAAGAUGCAACAAGAUGAAGCAAGAGCUUGCUGGCAGGCUUGACACUUGUCGGCAACAGAUGUCUCAGCUGGAUAGCAAAUGCUCAACUCUGGAAAAGGAGUUAAAAUCUGAAAAGGAACAGAGACAAACUUUGCAAAGAGAACUACACCAAGAGAAGGAUGCUACCACUCUGCUUAAAACAGAAUUGCAACAAAUGGAAGGCCUAAAAAAGGAACUGAGAAAACUGCAAGAUGAGAAGCAGCAGUUAGAGAAAGUCUGUGAGGAGCAGGAGCAAGCUCUUCAGGAAAUGGGACUUCAUCUCAGCCAAUCAAAGUUAAAGAUGGAAGAUAUUAAAGAAGUAAAUAAAGCGCUAAAGGGUCAUACCUGGCUGAAGGAUGAUGAAGCAACUCACUGCAAGCAAUGUGAAAAGGAAUUCUCUAUCUCAAGAAGGAAGCAUCACUGCAGAAACUGUGGGGACAUCUUCUGCAACACCUGUUCCAGUAAUGAACUUGCACUGCCAUCGUACCCUAAACCUGUCCGUGUCUGUGAUACUUGUCACACUUUACUACUUCAGCGGUGUUCAUCUAAUUCCUCCUAAGGCUUUCAUAACCUCAACAGGACCACUUUAACAUUGGAAAAGUAGCCAUUAUUUUUUUAAUUCUGAACUCCGGGCGUCUUCUGUGCAGCAGACUGUCUGGUCUCUAGUAUUUUCCACCGUAAGACAGAGCAGUGUAAAAUAACGUGUAGG